AAAGGCUCGUCUACAAUGGCCGUAGCAGUAAGGUUGUAAGACUCGUCUACAAUGGCCGUAGCAGUAGAGCUGUAAGACCAUAAAACGCAGCUGUAAGAAUCUAUUAAAUAUAAAUUAGGUUGUAAGCAUCUAAGUAAGGUCGUAUGGCGAAAUGAAAAUUUUUCAUUUCUUGCGUUCUACGUUCUACGUCGGACCAAUCAACAAAGCAGUAUGCUAGUUGGAAACGUCCCAUUCGCUCUCGUUGCGGUUUCUCUCAGCCAAUUAAAUUCAUUUGAUGGAUAUUGGCGGGAAAUAUUCAACGCGGCCAGCGAUAUGUGUGCUCAGCGCCACGUCUGAGACCGAGAGCAACUUGAGAGCCGGGCGGUGGGGAGGAAACGUGUACGAACACGUAUGAAGAGAAAGCACGUUGCACGUAUUCAGAUUCGAGUUGUUCAGAGUGGUUCGGAGCUCACACGUAUGUACGUAUAUGUACGUGUAUGGUGUCUCUUUGUGUGCUUAUUCCCACCGCCCGGCUCUGGAGUAGCUCUCGGUCCCCGAUCUGGCGAUAUUGUGUGUGUGUGUUGCUGCGAUCUUCCUAAAUUUAUAAUGUCGGGAGAAGAAUUUGACGAUGAUGAAUUUGAAGAUGAGCUAGAGCUGGAUGAUAAAGAGCUCAUUAUGUGUGUCAGAGCCAACCCUUAUCUGUAUAACAAGUCAGACAAAAGGUAUAGCGAUAAUGAGUUGAAAAAUCUGGCUUGGGAUCAAAUUGGCAACAGUUUGACCAAGAAAAAAACAGGUGCUGAGGCUGAGCACAGAUUCUUCCAAUUGUGGCAGCGAUUUUGGCGAGAGAGAAGGAAGGUAAUUCAGUCGGAACCUCGAUCAGGUGCUGGAGCUAGCCAACCAACAUACACACCUCAAUGGAACCUCUAUAAGGAAUUGAUGUUUCUGACAGAUGUAAUAAAACAUCGAAAAACUACCUCACACUAUAGGAAGAAACAGUCAACCUCUCAAAAAACACAAGUUAACUUGCCUACAACAAAUAUUAUUCUGCCUUUAACUGGCUCCAGUGGCUCCACAUCAAAUUCAUCUUCCAUAUCGAACUUGUGGAACCAAGAAUUAAGUGUUGCUGCGUCUGGUAACUGUCGUUUUCUUUAUUUUUAAAUCUUAAAUUUUAAUGUAAGAGAUUCUAGUUUAAAAAUUCUGACUUGAAUUUUGACUACAUUUACACAGCGGCUAAUAAUCCGGUUUAAUAAUUACAGUAUACUAACUGAU